AUGAUAUUUAAAAUGUUGGUUUUGGAGAACAUAUAGUAAAGGAAUUAAAUAAUCAAAUAAAUAAAAUCAUUCAAAAUUGGAUAAUAGAAUCAAAGAAUUAGGAGGACCUGA